AACGUAGGAGUAGGAAGCUGAUAAAUAAAGAUCGCGGUGCAGAACCGUCUAAGCCGCGCUAUCAGCGCCCAGAAUCGCGACGUACUUGGCCUUAAUAUGGGCUGCGAAACUCUUCGCUGCCAACGCCAUCGAUGGCUGGCAGGGCGUUCAUUUCCAUUUGGUGCGUCGGCGGUUCCACAGCUCGGAGAAGAUCUUCGCCAGAUUCCACAAGCGAUUAGAAAGCGUUAAUGUUGGCCCGUUUAUUAAUUCCAGUUCUGGUGCUGCUCUGGAGCGGCGGCUUGGCCCAGUUGCAGGUGCAGGCUCAAAGUGGCUACAACUAUGGGCGCCCCGAGGUGGCCAAUGUGGGAGGAGCCACCGCCGGAGGUCGCUUGACUCCUGGUCCGUAUCCCACGGCUGCGGCCAUUCCACUGACCCCCGCUCCGGCCACCACUGCGUAUGGAGCUGGUUUGUUUCCCUCGCCUGCCGUUGGAUUCACGCCCAGUGGUCAGGCCACAACUGCCUUUGGAGCUCCAGCCGUUGUGGGAGCGAGUAACACAGUUGGCCAGCCGAGGAGAACUUCAUCGGGGGGACUAUCAACCCCAUCAUCCCGCGGAGGACCCUACGGACCGCAGACCUCACAGUACGGCAAUGCUCCCGGUGGCUCUCCAAUCCGAGUGGCCAGUGGAACUGGAGACAGCGGGGACUACAACGAUGGCGAGGGCGACUACUCGGCCAUUCCCGGUGUGGCUGGAGUGGAUUACCCCGUUUACGCCCAGGUGCCGCGCACCAACUUCGACUGCUCGCAACAGCCCCUGCCCGGAUAUUAUGCGGACAUCGAGGCGCAGUGCCAGGUCUUCCACAUCUGUGCCCUCAACCGGACGUACUCCUUCCUCUGUCCCAAUGGCACGGUCUUCAGCCAGGAGACCCUAGUCUGCGUGUGGUGGAACCAAUACGACUGUGUCUCGGCACCCAGCUUGUAUGCGAAUAAUGCUUAUAUCUACGAUUACUCCGGAGGAAGUGGCUCCAACCUGGGUACCUCGAAUGCUAACAAUGCCUAUCGUCCGGCUGCUGCCUCCACCACUGCCUUUGGGGCACCUGUUGCCACGACCGGAACCCUUCGGGCCACCGGAGUGCCCCAGGUGGCUGGCUACAAUUCCGGACGGGGGUCCUAUCCUUCGGCCACGCCCACGCCAGCCGCCCAGGCUCAGAGCCCGUAUGGCGCAGGUGCCGUCCUUCGACCCGCCAUCGUCCCAAGUGCCGCAGCCAAUCGAUUGCCACCCAGCGGAGCUGCUGUCGGUCUUCUGGCCACCGCAGCUGGUUCCCUUCAGGAUAAUUCAGUGGCUGGAUUUGGCCAGCAGCCGCAAUCUCAGUUGGUGGCAGGUGGUAAUCGAGAGUAUCUGCCACCGGCUGGGGUUGGACAACGGCAGCGCGGCGGAACCACCGCAUAGGCAUUGGAACACUGGCGAACCCUGGCAUCUGUACCCGGUUUUAUGGCAUUAGAUUUAGCUACCCUAGAUUUAGCCCUUUAUAGUAUGCUAGGAGCUCCGAACAUAGAUCUUUGUAAUUAGUUUUAGAUACCUUUCAUUAAAAAAUAUACAAAAAUAAGGUCUUCAUAAAAU